AUGUCAAAGUUUGUGGGUUCGAGGAAGCAACAACGUAGCGCGGUAACGCCCAUUCAUUUCUUGAACUGUAUGCAAGGCUUUUCGAUAGCCGUCGAUCUCAAGGAUUAUUCGGUUGUUGAAGGCAUACUGAUAAACUGUGAUAAUGAUAUGAAUAUGGAAAUGGGCAAUGUGACGGUGCAUCGAUGGGGACAGCAAAAGGAGCCAGUUCACUGUGAUAACUUUCAUAUUACUGGGAAGUGCAUCCGUUUUGUGCAUCUUAGUCGAAACGAUGAGUCUGACGAGAUGAGUCAACCACACAAAAUUUGCGAAAGAGUGCGGCUGUUGCUUAGGCAGAAGUUCAUCUUACGCUUGGCUGACCUGCACAUGAAUAGCAUACAUUUUCGAAAUGAAUACGGUUUUUACUGCUUCCUGCUCAGUCUGGUUGCUGAGCUAAUUGAACGACAACAGCGUAUCGAACUAAAAAUUCGCUUGCGCACAUGUGAAACCUGGGCAUGCUUUAAGGUUGAAUUUGAGGCGUAG